UUUGUAAAAAUGCUGAUUCUAAGAUACGAAAGUAGAUGCCUGUAUUGCACCACUGGAAAUCUCCUCUGGCUUGGAAUGUGUUCCAUUAGCAGUGAAUUCACUCAAUGGUAUUAAUGACUAGAUCAGGAUUGUCCUCCUAAGAAUGCACCUCUUCCUUUAUGGAUUCACACAUGGAUGACGCUGUAAGGAACACAAAGUGGGAUAGAGAAGAAUGCCAUUAUCCAGGAGGAAUGCCAUUCUUCCUGGGAGGGUCAGAGCUGAAGUUGAUGUCAGAGAUAUAAAGACGCUGGUGGAAACUCUGGGGUACAGCGUGGAUGUGAAAGAAUAUGUCACUGCUUCAGAAAUGGAAACAGCACUAAGGCAGUUUGCUGCUCACCCAGAGCACCAGUCCUCAGACAGCACAUUCCUGGUGUUUAUGUCACAUGGCAUCCUGAAUGGAAUCUGUGGGACUAAGCACUGGGAUCAAGAGCCAGAUGUUCUUCACGAUGACACCAUGUUUGAAAUUUUCAACAACCGUAACUGCCGGAGUCUGAAAGACAAACCCAAGUUCAUCAUCAUGCAAGCCUGCAGAGGCAAUGGUGCUGGGAUUUUUUGGUUCACCACUGACAGUGGAAAAGCCAGUGCAGACAUACGUGGUCGGCUCUUGCAAGGUAACUUCUGUAAUGAUGCUGUUACAAAGGUUCAUGUGGAAAAGGACUUCAUUGCUUUCAAAUCUUCCACACCACAUAAUGUUUCUUGGAGGCAUGAAAUAAAUGGCUCAGUCUGCAUUUCCCACAUUAUCUACUACUUCAAAGAGUAUUCUUGGAGUCAUUAUCUAGAGGAAAUUUUUCGAAAGGUUCAAUGUUCGUUUGAGACCCCAAAUGUACACCAGUUGCCCACCAUUGAAAGACUAUCCAUGACGGGAUAUUUCUAUCUCUUUCCUGGGAAUUAA